UUAUACAAGAGUGAAUACCUUAUUCAUUUGAUAUCUUGAUUCAACCAUACACUUAGCUAAAACAGAUCCAUAUUAAUGAAUUUAAUCAGGAUCUUAACUAAAAGACCAAAUGUUACUUGGUCUCACAUAGGAUUCUCUUCGUAUAAGAAGAUAGCUUUUAACUUUUUCUUAAACACGUAGCCAUCUUUUUCUUUUCCAUCGAGCGACUAAAAAGCAACCAAACACUAAACACUACAAACCAAUUCACAGUAGUACCCUCAACUCCAAAAAGAAUUAGCAGCAGUUUCCUAUGUAAUGUAACAGCCCUCUUGGCCAGAGUGGCUCUACCAUAAUUUCCUCUCAAAAUCAUGCCCAUUUUCACACACUCUAUGCUAUCUGGGGACAACCUAAUUCCUUCCAGUAUCCAUACACUGUCUUCUUGCGCCCACGACAAGCUCUUCUUCUUCUCUUCCUCCUUCGAAUGGCCUUUAUUCCUUUAUUCCAAAUAUUAAGAACAAAGGAAUAGGAGAUCGGAAUAGGGAGACGAUGCAGACGUCAUCAUCCCGCCGGGAAGCCACGCCGGAAUACCGCCAUAAGCCCCCCGUCGGCUGCAUCUCCGGCAUUCUCCGACUACUCUCCGGCCGUCACUCCCGCAAGCGCCUCACCUCCGCUAGCAAAAAGGACAAGAUCACCGGACCAUCUCCUGUGAAACCGUCGCCGGAGCCGGUGAAGGAAGUGGAGAAGAAGGGAUCGGAACAUACCUUGAUGCCGGAGAAGAAGACACUCGCAAUGCUGGCUAUCGGAGAACCCCGGCGGCGAUCUUGUGAGACACCACGUAGCCCGACGAUAACACCGGAGAUCCGACGAUCCUCCGCCGAUAGCCCUCGCCGGUCGUCGGCACUGGUGGCGCGGCUCAUGGGCCUCGAUGACGCUCCAACGAGCUUCCCCGAAUCCGCAGCGGAGAAGCGGCGAAAGCUCUUGGGAGCGCUGGAAAGAUGCGAUGAGGAUUUAAAGGCCUUGAAGCGGAUCAUCGAGACCGUACAGCUGGCAGAGCUCCGAACGAAACAGAUCAACACCGUUGGUUCACUCGAUGAGCGUGGCCAGGUUAAAGUUCGAUGCCGUUUGGACUGUGGAGAUUUGACGGUGAAAGCGGGAUCUAAGGACAUUAACGGCGAACAGCCCAGCCCAGUGUCGGUGCUCGACGUGAUUACGUCACCGAGGUUUCGCGCCAAUAAAUCCGAUAAAUCCAUUGGAUCAAGAACUCAAGAAACAUCACCUUUGGGUGUGUUCUCCCAACCAGGUGAUAGUGAAAAGAGUAGCAGUGGUUAACUCAAGAGACAAAUCUUUUGAACAAAAUGGAAUGCGAAUUAAGAGAAAGGAAGGGCCUCGGCAGAAGAGGAGCAAGGCCAUGGCGGAGAACGUAAGGGAAGUGUGGGAAGAUGGUGUAUGGGAGGAGAGGUGGGAACUUGGAAGGAUAGGGGUUGGUUUGGAGAUUGAUAUAUUUGGGGACUUGGUUGAGGAGUUGGUUAAGGAGAUGGUUGGAUUUUACAAGUUGCUCUCAUUUCCAUUGAGGACUUGUAGGAAAAGAUUGUGUUUUUGAAUUUUUUUUUUUUUUUUAAAUUUGUGGGAAUAAAUAUUUGGAAUUAAAUUUGGUGUGAUGUUGGUUGUAGGUUUGUAGCUUGUUUACAAUGUUGCUACUGUGGAAGCAUGCAUUUCUGUUGGUUGUUUAUGUUUGUUUGUUGGUUAGUACUGAUUAGGUUCCUCCAAUGGUACAUUGCUGUGAUAAUUGUAGUACACUCAUAACUCAUAAGAGGGUUUUUAUGUCCUUGAGGUGAUGUGUUGUUCACCCAGAACUAAGUAGAUGUGUACUGCUAGUUUAAUUUCAUUGGAUAUUUCACAUUUUAUUUUAGUAUUUAAGAAAAAUUAUUUAUUAAUCUUUGUAAA